CAAAUUACGUUCAAAAUGGACAAGAUUUUCAAAACGCCUUUGGUUAUGGGACCUGGAAUCCCAAUACCUACCCGUUCGAGCGAGACGGGGGGAGGGGGCGGCCAGGAAACUUGUGUUUGGGUCUCGAUCCAGUUACGGUGCCGUUGCGAUGGGGCGAUGGAUGGCACUUCUAUAUUUGCUUAUUUGCUCCUCGUCUUCUCUCUCCGGAUCUAGUUCGACCGUUUACUUACUCCCUUCUCAGUUACUCUCCUCGCUUGCUGCUGAUAUUAUCGUCUGGUUGCGAGCAUGGCGAACGUUGAUGUACCAACGGUUAACCCCGUUGGAGAUGGACUGGUGUUGUUAUAUGGUGCGAUUAUUUUGCUUGUGCUGAGUUGGACCUUUUUCCUGGCACGUCUUGGAGUGCGGAUAUGGAAGAAAGCAUGGGGAAUGGAUGACUAUUUCAUGUCGGUGGGCAUAGUGCUUUUCACAGUUACAGCUUCACUGUGUAUAGUGUGCUGUUACUAUGGUUCCGGACAAUUCUCUGCAGUAUUGCCCCCCUUGACAAUGGCGAAGGGAGUUAAGCUGUUCUACAUCGCUGAGUACUUUUACGCAGUCAGUGCCAUGUUCAUCAAGAUCAGUGUUGCAGUCACUCUCUUGCGUAUUGCCUCGGGUCAACGACCUAUUGAAUGGGCUCUAUGGCUCAUCAUUGGAGCUACCAUCAUCGCCGCGAUUGUCUUUUGUGUUGGUAUUGCGAAUAUUUGCCAUCCGAUUAGCACACUCUGGGGCGAAGCUACUGGAAAAUGCAACUUGCAACUGAACACGAACGUCAGCUUGUUUUUCUCAGCCGUCGAGAUUGCGACUGAUUUCAGCCUCUCCAUCCUACCGGCAAUUCUACUAUGGAACGUGCAGAUGAAAGGCAAAGUCAAGGCAUUAGUCGCAGUCAUGCUUGGUCUAGCCUCAUUUGCAUCUUGCGCCACGCUCGUCCGCCUCAAGUUCCUCACUCUCUACAGCGAUCCCGGCGAGUUCAUGUACGGCACAGGCAAGAUCGGCUUCUGGUCACUGACAGAGGAGGGCAUCGGGAUAAUCGCCGGCUCCAUGCCUGCGCUUCGUCCGCUCCUUUCUAUUCGCAUCAGGAUCACCACAGGGUCUUCCAAAACGCCCGGCGGCGCGUCUGGAAGUGCUUACCCGCCCCAAUCUUUCCAUUCCCGAAACACCCCGUCCCGACCAGGCAUAAUGAUGGAUACCUUCCAGGUCUUGAAUGAUCACGACGAGCCGGAGAGCGAUGGUGAUAGUCAGAGAAAGAUCGUGGUGGAGACCAAGUACUCGGUGACAUCUUCGAAGAUGGAUACUCCCAAGGGGGUUCAAGGCUUACCACGAUGAGCGAGAAACCUCGGAAAAGAAGUCAAACGAAUAAAAGUGCUCAGUGCUUUGUCACUGCAUAACUACCCUAUAUCACUAUGGCCGGACGCCUACUUACGACGCGCGGGGAAUCAACUUAGCAGAGCGAAUCGAAUUUCAGAAUAUUAUACCAUCAUCAAUUGUCCGAAAUACUAUUACCACUAUAGAUUAGCUUACGUGAAGGAGUUUCUGUGUUUCUUUACCAUCCAAAAGCAGGCCGUCGACGCUACGACUGCAUGACAUGAAGAAAACCGCACAGCGGCGGAUUCUUUGUCUGGCCAGCCUUGUAGAUGUGUAGAAGUUGUAGACUUAUGACCUG